AUGCCAGUGCUGUCCGAAGACUCGGGUUUGCAUGAGACCCUGGCACUUCUGACCUCUCAGCUCAGGCCUGAUUCCAACCAUAGGGAGGAGAUGGGCUUCUUGAGGGAUGUCUUCAGUGAGAAGAGCCUCAGCUACUUGAUGAAGAUUCACGAGAAACUCCGCUAUUAUGAGAGACAGAGCCCGACCCCGGUCCUGCACAGUGCCAUGGCCCUUGCUGAGGAUGUGAUGGAGGAGCUGCAGGCCGCCUCUGUGCACAGUGACGAGAGGGAGCUGCUGCAGCUGCUGUCCACCCCCCACCUCAGGGCUGUGCUCAUGGUCCACGACACAGUUGCCCAGAAGAACUUUGAUCCUGUUCUGCCCCCUCUGCCUGAUAAUAUCGAUGAGGAUUUUGAGGAGGAAUCAGUGAAGAUUGUUCGCUUGGUGAAGAAUAAGGAACCGUUGGGUGCCACUAUCCGAAGAGAUGAGCACUCAGGGGCUGUCGUGGUGGCCAGGAUCAUGCGAGGGGGUGCGGCGGAUCGGAGUGGUCUGGUCCACGUUGGCGAUGAACUCCGAGAAGUGAACGGAAUCACUGUCCUGCACAAGCGUCCAGACGAGAUCAGCCAGAUUCUGGCCCAGUCUCAGGGAUCCAUCACCCUCAAGAUCAUCCCUGCCACCCAGGAGGAAGAUCGCUUCAAAGAGAGCAAGGUGUUCAUGCGUGCCCUCUUCCACUAUGACCCUCGGGAGGACCGUGCCAUCCCCUGCCAGGAGGCAGGCUUGCCCUUCCAGCGGAGGCAGGUCCUGGAGGUGGUGAGCCAAGAUGACCCCACCUGGUGGCAGGCCAAGAGAGUGGGAGACACUAACCUUCGAGCUGGCCUCAUCCCUUCCAAGCAGUUCCAGGAGAGGCGGCUGAGCUACCGGAGAACAACUGGUACCCUGCCAAGCCCCCAGAGCUUCAAAAGGCCCCCCUAUGAUCAGCCUUGUGACAAAGAGACGUGUGAUUGUGAAGCGUCCCUCAAAGGACACUAUGUGGCUGGUCUUCGGAGAAGCUUCCGGCUAGGCUGCAGGGAGAGGCUGGGUGGCUCACAGGAGGCAAAGGUGCCUGCAGGAGCUGAGUCUCAGGAGCUUCUGACCUACGAGGAGGUGGCCAGGUACCAACAGCAGCCUGGGGAGCGGCCCCGUCUGGUGGUUCUGAUUGGGUCUCUGGGAGCCCAACUCCAUGAACUGAAGCAAAGGGUGGUGGCCGAGGACCCCCAGCACUUUGGUGUUGCUGUUCAUACCACCAGGCCCCGGAAGAGCCAUGAGAAAGAAGGGGUGGAGUAUCACUUCGUCUCCAAGCAAGCAUUUGAGGCUGACUUACAUCACAACAAGUUCCUGGAGCAUGGUGAAUAUAAGGAGAAUCUCUAUGGGACCAGCCUGGAGGCCAUUCAGGCUGUUAUGGCCAAAAACAAAGUUUGCUUGGUGGAUGUAGAACCGGAAGCACUAAGACACCUGAGGACUUCUGAGUUUAAGCCCUAUGUUAUAUUUGUGAAGCCUGCAAUUCAGGAGAAGAGGAAGACGCCGCCUGUAUCCCCAGACUCUGAGGACCCAGCAGCUUCGCUUGAUGAGCAGCAGCAAGAAAUGGUCGCCUCUGCCACCUUCAUUGAUCAGCACUACGGACACCUGAUGGACACCGUGCUCGUGAGGGAGGACCUGCAGAGUGCCUGCAGCCAGCUCAGAGCUGUCAUAGAGAAGUUAAGCAAGGACACUUACUGGGUACCCAUCGGUUGGGUGAGGUAA